UGAUGAAGAUGAAGCUCAGUCCUUACAGCUUCAUCACAGUCAAAGCGAGGAGAACAGAGGGGCGGAGCUUGUAAGUCAACACAUCACAGAAGCUGAUGGAGAGCAUUGUGAACAUAUAAAGUCAGAACCAGACAGCAUCUUUGCUCCUCUGUCAGACAUGGACCACAUGAUGUCACACUCUUCUGAUCACAGUGACCACAUCCAAAAACCUUUGGAGAGUAAAAAUGACUCCAAAGGUGAUACGAGACAUCACACUAACAACAAACACUUGGACUGCUCUGAAUGUGGGAAAUCAUUUAGACUGAAGACUGAUUUUACAAGACACAAGAGAAUACAUACUGGAGAGAAACCUUUUACUUGCUCUGUUUGUAAAAAAAGUUUCUCCACAAAGCAACACAUGACCACACACAUGAGAACACACACUGGAGAGAAACCUUUUACUUGCUCUGUUUGUAAGAAGAGUUUCUCCAUUAAGCCUGCCAUGACCAGACACAUGAGAACACACACUGGAGAGAAACCGUUUACUUGCUCUGUUUGUAAGAAGAGUUUCUCCAGAAAGUCUAACAUGUCCUCACACAUGAGAACACAUACUGGAGAGAAACUUUUGUCUUGCUCUGUUUGUAAGAAGGGUUUCUCCACGAAGCAACAUAUGAUCACACACAUGAGAACACAUACUGGAGAGAAACCUUUUACUUGCUCUGUUUGUAAGAAGUGUUUCUCCAGAAAGCCUGACAUCUCCACACACAUGAGAACACACACUGGAGAGAAACCUUUUACUUGCUCUGUUUGUAAGAAGAGUUUCUCCACAAAGUCUAACAUGUCCUCACACAUGAGAACACAUACUGGAGAGAAACCUUUGACUUGCUCUGUUUGUAAGAAGACUUUCUCCACAAAGCCUAACAUGUCCGCACACAUGAGAACACAUACUGGAGAGAAACCUUUUACUUGCCCUGUUUGUAAGAAGCAUUUCUCCACAAAUCUUGUCAUGACCAGACACAUGAGAACACACACUGGAGAGAAACCAUUUAGUUGCACUGUGUGUGAUAAGACGUUCUGGCAUAAGUAUCAGGUCAGUAAACACAAGUGUGUAACAGUCAUGGAAGCUGCAGGGAUUUAAAAACACUUAGUGAUUGUGCUAAAUGUACUUUAAAAACACAGCAUGUU